AAUCUAUUGAGCAUCUUGCAGUUGCGUCGUCUUUCCUUUCGCACUUGCGAAAAGCACAUCGAAUGAACAUAACCAGGAAUGUUAGACUACUAAAAAUGUCCUUUCCCAGCAAAGUAAAAAUUGGUGGGGCCAUCAACAGAGUUACUUAUGCACCCAUGUUCGAAUGCAAGCAGAUAUUGCACUUCAUAAUUAAUAUCACAUUACGUUGAGACAGGCAUGGAUUCAGCUGCACCAGCAACAUCCCUUCAACAGGAAAAUCUUCCCAUUUUAUUGGUUACAAAUGAUGACGGAAUUUAUGCCCCAGGUUUAAGAGCUCUAGUUGCCCUCCUGGUUGAGACAGGCCGCUUUAAUGUCUGCGUUUGCGCCCCCGAUUCGGAGAAGUCGGCUGUCGGGCAUUCCGUAACUGCACGGGGAAAUAUUGCUGUUCGUCAGGUUUUGAUAAAAGGAGCAACAGCCUUUGAAUUGUCUGGAACUCCAGCUGAUUGUGUUUCUUUAGGUCUCUCUGGAGCAGUAUUUCCAUGGUUAAAACCUACUUUGGUUCUCAGUGGAAUAAACAAGGGCUCCAAUUGUGGAUAUCAUAUCAUCUACUCUGGGACAGUUGCUGGGGCUAGGGAGGCAUUCAUUUGUGGGGUUCCUUCUAUCGCCCUUUCAUAUAAUUGGGUUUGGGGUGAGAGCAAUGAUAUGGAGUUUAGAGCAGCUGUUGAAGCUUGUCUGCCGUUGAUUGAUGCUGCCGUGUCUCAUAUUCUGAAAGGAACUUAUCCUCAAGGAUUCUUCCUCAAUGUUGAUGUUCCUUCAACACCUACCCAAAAUAAGGGCUACAGGGUAACUAAGCAGGGGACAUCAAUGAUUAGAUCUAUAUGGAAGGCUGUGAUACCAGAAAAUCGUUUACCUCCCCAUCUCUCCGAUAAUGAUCAAGUACUAGGAAUUCAAAUUGCACAGCUUGGUUUGGAAGCUUCAGCAGUGGGGGCUGCACGGUGUGAGAAUUCCUCAGCUAGGAAUGUAGAGAUUGAAUCAAUUGCAGGGGUACAAAAUGGUGCAGCUCAGGAUCUACAACAACUAUUUUUUAAAAGAGAGAUGUCCGAGUAUGAAUAUGGAGAAGAGGGGGAUGAUCUUGACUUUGGAGCACUUGAAGCAGGAUAUAUAACGAUCACUCCUUUGGGUCUCAAAUCUGGUGUACAUUCAGACAUCCAUACUUCAUUUAAAAACUGGGUCUCCGAUGUGGCUGAGCUCGGGAUUACAUCUUCUUUAUAAUUGGACGGAAUGCUCUUUGAUUUCCAGCCAUAAAAUCAAUACCAUUAUAAACAGAUUUGUCAUUCUAUUUCCACUUGCAUAGGCAGCUAUAAUUGGCUUACAAUAAUUUGGCAAGAAGCAACUAGAAAUGAAUAACUCUUGAUAAUGACUGUCAGGGUUAAAUUCAAGAUAAGAAAAAGAUAAGCCUCCAAUGUGAAAAGCCAAAAGUUGUAAGUUUCAGACCACUGUUGAUGAUUUGGACAUGGGAGAAAUUAUUCAUCAGCUUUGCUAUUAAGCAUGUGUUUAGUUGUUCUAUGCACAAUAAAGCUUUGUUGACAUCCUUCAUAUUAUAAGCUCAGUAGCAUUUGAUAUCAUUGGGUAUAAAGCUUGUGCUAUGUUUUUUUCACUGUAGUCUUGGAACAUCAAUAACUAGCUAUUCUGAGAAUAGCUUUCGAGGAAUGUUUUGACGUAAUAAAACAGUGGUCUGAUCAUGGAAGAAAUUAUUCAUCAGCUUUGCUAAUAAGAUUGUUUUUAAUUGUUCUAUGGACAAUAAAGAUUUGUGGACGUCCUUCAUAUUAUAAUCUCAGUAA